AUGGGAUUUUUUAGUAAAAAUGAUACUCCAGAGGCUGCACCUAAUAAAUCUAGACGGUUAGAGUGUUGGGAUGCUCGUGAUAAGUUUUUUGAUUGUUUGACAGAAAACAAGAUCGAAAAUUCUUUGGACUUGCAAGAGAAACAGAAGGUUGAAAAGCAAUGUGGGACGCAAAGAAUGGAGUUCAAGAACAAAUGUGUAGCCAGCUGGUUUAAAUAUUUCCAAGAGAAGAGGUAUGGCGAUAUAUUGAAAGAAAGAAGAAUUAAAGAGUUAGAGGCAGAAGGUGCACAACCGUUACCUUUCAACUUGGGUCGAUAA